AUGACAACACCAACACCAACAACAGAUAAUAAAAUUUUAACAUCAGCUAUUGAAACAUAUCGUCAUUAUGCUGGUCAACCAACUCUAUCUGAUAUUGAAUCUUGCCAUCAAGAUUCAAAUGAUGAAAUUCUUCAUUUAACACCCUAUUUUUCAACAAUGGAUCUUGUUAAAUUAGAAAAUCUAACUUAUACUCGUUCAUUUACUUAUUCAUUAAAAACUCGUCAACUUUUAUUUACAAGUAAUGUAACAACAAUAAAUAAAAAUAUUGUUCGUCGUCUUGUUUCUCCUGAUGGAAAAUAUCUUGCAUUAGUAACAAAAGAAAUGAAAGGCGAACAAGAAUUAAAUUAUGUACAAAUAUGGCAUGAUGAACAUUUAAUAUUUGGUUAUGAAGUUAGUGAUAGUAAAAUAUCACCACAUGGAAAAGUUUUACCUAAAAAUGAUUAUGCAAGUUUUUUUGAAUGGAGUCCUGAUUCACGUCGAUUAAUUUUUACAGCUGAAGAAAAACGUAAACCAUUUAAAUCCUAUUUUACAGCUGAAAAACUUGAUGAUCUCGGAGAAUCAUUUAGUACAUAUCGUGAAAAUUGGGGUGAACAAAUGGAGACAUUGGAAACAUGUGUUGUUUGUGUAUUUGAUGUUGAUACAAAACAAGUUAAAUUAAUUGAAAAUCAUCCAAAAGAUUUAUAUUUUGGUCAAUGUACAUGGACAACAAAUCAAGAUGAAGUUAUUUUAGUUGCAUUUCCUCUUGAACCUUAUCGACUUGGUUUAAUUUUUUGUGAAAAUCGUUCAUCAGCUUUUUUUAAAUGUAAUUGGCGUACUAAUGAAUGGAUACAAUUAACUGAAUUUGAUAAAAUCUGUCGAUUAUUUCCACGACAUUUACCUAAAACAGAUAAUCAAUUUGUUUAUCUUCAAAGUGAUAUUAAUGGAGCACAUAAACAAUGUCAACGAUUAAUAUUAUUUAAUACACAAACAAAAGAAGAAAAAAUUUUAAUUGAUCGAGUCGAUAAUGUUAAAUAUUCGAAUGUAAAUACUGAUCCAUUUACAGCUGAAUGGGAUACACAAUUUAAAGGUCUUUAUCUACCACUUCCACAUUUAUGUUAUUCUUGUGAUGGACGUUAUCUUCUUCUUCGUUCGGUAUCUGGUUCACGUAAUGUUCUAUAUAUUUAUGAUUUUACUGAACAAAAAAUGAUUUUACUUGAUUCACCAUUGGGUGUUGAUACGUCUAUAAAUGGUCUUGCUAUAUUUGGUCAUUAUGUUGCAGUUAAUAUUGUUGAUUGUCGUACACCUUAUCGAUUCUAUAUCUAUGAUUUGAAAACAUUGAAUAAAACCGAUAAAGAUAAUAAUGGUUGGCAUUUAAUUGUUCAACAUGAAUUUAAAAAAGAAGAGAAAAAUCAAGUUGUAUGGAAUAUUGAUCGAUUUUUUCCUGAUAAUGAAACAAUCCCUGUUGAAUCAAUUUAUGUUCAUACACGUGAUACACAAGCAAAACGUCCUUUAAUGGUAUUAAUACAUGGUGGACCAAAUUCAGUCAUCUCUUUGGAUUAUUAUGUUGGUGUUGUUGCUUAUAUUGGAUUAGGUUUUGAUCUUCUUAUUGUUAAUUAUCGAGGUUCACUUGGUUUUGGACAGGCUUCAAUUGACAAGUUAUUAGGUAAUAUAUCUAAAACUGAUGUUGGAGAUUGUCAUGAAGCUAUUCAACGUUGUCUCAAGUAUACUGAACCAAGUCGACCAGUUGUACUCAUAGGUGGAUCACAUGCAGGUGUAAUUAUUGGCCGUCUUAUUGGAGAAUAUCCAGAUGAAUAUGCAGUUGCUGUUUUACGAAAUCCAGUUACUGAUCUACUUCAUGUUUAUGCAACAUCGGAUAUACCUGAUUGGGCUAUAGCUCAAUCAACGAAUGCACAAUUUGAUUUUGAAACUGGUCGUAAUCUUUUUAUGGAUACAGCACUUAUUACAUAUCUUAUUGAAAGAUCAUCAAUUCGUCUUAUUGAUCAAGUUAAAACACCAGUUUUAUUACAUUUAGGAAAGAAAGAUCGGCGUGUACCAUAUAGUAUUGGUCUUCGUUAUUAUGAAUGUUUAAAAGCUAGAAAGAUUCCAACAAAAUUAUAUGUUUAUGAUAGUAAUCAUUCACUUAGUGAAGUACCCAAUGCUAGUGAUAUAUUCGUUAAUACCAUUCUUUUUAUUUCUGAACAUUUAGAUUUAUCAUCAUAA